AGCGAGAGGAUCUUUGCCUCGACUGUAGCUCAAGAAGCGUUUGGAUUUUCUGUGGUGUUGUCGGAGGAGGUUCAGAGCCAUUGAAGUGAAUCAUUAGCCUUUGGUUAAGUAAGGUAUUUUGUUCAUAAGUUACAUCCAACAGGAAAUUGCUACAAAAUUCUAAAUUAGUGACUAGUUUUAGUGGCUAUUCAGCAUAUAUUCAGCCUGACAUUUUAUGUGGGGUUGGUAAGGAGCCUGAUAUUGUAAUAGUAGCAAAACAUAACUGUGUAAAAUUUGUGGAUUAUGAAAGUUGAGUAUUGCAUGUGCACUGGGUGAUUGUUUAGAUAACCUAAGGUUUUUAGCCUUCGUGAGAUUGUACAGGCUAGUAUGCGAUGUCUAUUGUAGCUCAAAUCUGGCCCGUCAUCCUGCAAGAAAUAGAGUGCAUUACACCUUGUCAUAACUUCAGAAUCUUUUGUGGUUGUGGGCUGGAGACGAGAAUAAUCGUCAGAUUCCUUUUGCAGUAUCAUGGUAGCUUCAAUGUCUUGAGUUUCUGAGCAUAUGCAUGUGUGUAUAAUAUACACAUGGCCACAGAUUAUGCUUCUGACAGGGAUCUUUUAGCUAUUUCUUUUUCUUUUAACUUUUCCAAUAUGGUCCCCCUCCCCUCCCCCUCCUCUUCUUGACAUGUGUUUCUCCAGAUCCCAAUGUUCAUAUUGAUGAGAAGAGUGAAAGCAGACUCUACAUUGGCAACCUUGAUAUGAGGAUAACAGAGGCUACUCUUAUCAAGAUGUUUUCUCCAUUCGGAAAGAUUGUAGCGGAGGACUUCCUGUGGCAUACUCGUGGGCCAAAACGUGGAGAACCACGUGGCUUUGCUUUUAUUCAGUUUAGCACCAAAGAGGAAGCUAUAUUGGCCAAGGAAAAGAUGAAUGGGAAAUUGGCUUGUGGCCGCCCAUUGGUUGUGCAUCUUGCUAGUGAGAAAUAUUUGGUGGAGACGAGAGAAAAUUCUUCUAAAGCGGUCGGUAAGGCUAAGUCUAACAAAUCAAGCCUUGGUGGAAGCAGUUCCGGGCAAAUGAGCCGAAACGAUAAAAUAGCUGCAAUAAAGAACAAAUUGAAGGCUAUGGAGGAAGAGGAUCGCGGCACGAAGAAGCAGAAGCAGGAAGACAGCAUCCCUUGCACACACAGUUUUAAUACUUCAUCUGUCAAAAAAACAAUCAGCUGAGAUACCUAAGGGAAAGUAUUUACGCGGAGGAGUCGUUUUAGUUCUAGUUUUCUUUAGAAUUUAUGAAAAUUUAGUUGUUUUCUGUUGGGUUUUGUAAAAAUGUUAGGAUGAUGUACAUUAUAAUUACAUGUAGUAAUUUGUUAA